AUGGCUCAUAAUUCUUUGCAUAAAAUACCAACACUAAAUAUAGUUGAGACUAAUAAGAUGUAUAGUAAUAGUAGUGAUGUGAAUACUGAUUAUAAAUACAAUAAACCUAAAGAAAAAAUAAUUGAAUCUACACGAACUUCAUAUGAUGAUAAUCCGUUUUUAUCAAUAAAGAAUCCUACCUCGGCGCCAAAUAAUACACCAGUCGAGAGUCCUGGAUCUUCACCUGAAUUUCAAAACAAUAAAUUAACUAAUAAACAGAUGGAACCUAAUUAUACAACAAAUAAUUUACAAAAUUCUUUUGAAGAUAAUCGUAUUACUACUGAGAAUAAAGAUUAUACCUCUUCCUCCACUAUUUUAAAUUAUAACGACGGCGGCUGCGUGCCGCCCAAAGAAAAUAAGUUAAGCGGUAAAAACAAGGAUUUUGAAAAAUCAGCAACGGUUCCCAAACCAUCAUCACAUUCUACGAAAGACGACAUUCUAAAAGGAAAACCUAAAAUGGAAGAAAAGCGCGAAGAAGCAGAAGAGGCGGAAGAAACCAAACAAGAAGAAGAACAUGACAGUAAUUCAAAUGUCUUAAACAAUGAAGCAAAGAAUAAAAAUUCUGAUAUUACAUCAAGUCAAGGGUUUGCUCCGGAAAAGUUUAUGAUUGAUAACACAAGAUCAAUGUCUGAGAUAAAGUCAAGCGAUAAUCACGAGAAAAAAAUUAAUAUAGGGCCAUGGCCAGGUACCGAGAACAAUGACGAGAUGUAUUCAGUGCUAAACACAAAGGGAUUUCGUGAAGAUACUAGUAGUAGAGAAAGUGAUAAAGUCGUUAUCCCAUCGUCAAAAUCAAAUAAUAUUGGAUUUCAAGAAUCUGGAAAUAUUCUUUCUUCACAACCUACUGUCUCUGCAUUAUCUUUCAGCUCUAGUAGUAAUUUAAGGAGUAGCAGACAAGACUAUAAUCAAAUAGGAAUGCAUGUUCUCCCAAUCACAACAGAGCGUUUACCUGGUCAACAUAAAAUCAAUGAGGUACAAAAUCAUAAAAUUGAAUUGCCGCAUAUUAACACUAUAAAAGAAUCUAUUACUGAAGUAGCAGCUUUAGACACAGAACCACGCAAAGUACGAAAUUCUGUAGGUACAGUACUGGAAAUAAAACUAGAUAAAACUCUUAGCAAUGAUAACGAAUCUUUGUUUCCACCACCACCACCCAAAUUCAUUAAUUCAAAGUUAGAUGAAGUACGAUUCAGAUUACUUAAUAAUUCCAGGCCAGUGACUGCUUCUUCAAUACCGCCAACCGCAAAAGUUGAUGAAGAUAUGGGUUCUGCUGCUGCUGUAUUAUCAAAUAUGAGAUCAUCGCCUUUCAAGUUUAGUACCGGUAAUAACCAAAACGUGUCAAAUAACCGCAAUUCAGAAAAUUUGAAAUCAGAUCAAACGGAGGAGACACAUUCUGUGAAGAAUAGACCUUCUUCAUCCUCAAAUUUAUUCUUAGGGAAAAAUCUCCAACGCCCAGUCAUAAAAAUACAUAAUAGGCAAAAAAUAUUUGACGAUGCUGAUAACAGUGUCGAAACAAGAAGUAGUGAACACCCAAUUUCAAGAAAAAGAUCAUAUUCAGCUGAUCUAGAGAUACCACUUAAUAGAGGAGUAACAUGGAAUAAGAGUGGGAAAAGGGUUACAAGCAAGGAAGUUACACUCGACACAUCAUCAAAAAGAAAGCAAAAAAUAAAAAAUGAAACUAACAAAAAAUCAGCACCGCAAUCAAGAAAAGUACGGAGCCCAUCAUUGGAUGAAACAUCGACUUCUUCAGAUGAUGUUCUGUCAGUCAAAUCAAAACAUGAGGGUUCAUAUUCAAAUGCGGAAAGUAAGAAAGCAUUGUCGGGUACUAGAUCUAGGAAUGGUUGUUGGAUAUGUAGAUUAAGAAAGAAAAAAUGUUCAGAAGAAAAACCUAGUUGUUCUAAUUGUCACAGGUUGAAUCUAGAAUGCCAUUACCACAUUCAGAAGCCGGAUUUUGUAUCUGAUCCAGUAAAAAAGCAACAAAAAUUAGAAGAGAUAAAGAAGAAGACUAAAGAAGCUAAAAGAAAUGCGAUGAGAAAAAACCAACUUCUGAAAGGGCAUAGAAUACCAUCACCGUGA